UUCCACUCUUUGUAUCGACGACAGCAAUCGCAAUUCCAGUGUCCAGCUAACAUGUCGAAACUACUCCUCUUAGGAAACAUCUUAAUAUUCGUACUCAGCACUGCCAUCGCCGAUAAAAUGGACGAUUGGCAGGAAUGCGUUGAAUCUAAAGGACUGACCAUGAUGGAAGUUUUCUACGCCACGGAGGAAAACCACGAGAUCCUCUGCGUGGCCAAAUGCUUGAUGAUGAAGAUGCUGGAGGCCGGGGAAUCGGUUAGUGAGCAUGAGAAGGAGAUAUUGGAACCGUUAGAAUGCGAUUAA